AAAGGGAACGGGACUGACUCAUUACACGUUCAUAUGAGGCUGAUGUAUGUUCCCAGUGAGGAGACUACAGUCCUCAGGAGCCGCAUAACACCUCCCCUCCACCUCCAUCACCAUCCCCUCUUCUUUAGUCUAGGGGCAUGCCUUCUGAACCCAGCCUCAGUAGGGAGAUGCUGACAGGACAGAGGCUCUGCCAGUCAAAGUCCCACCAGGACUCAGUCCUCUCUGCCCUCAACCAGCAGAGGAAGGACGGCCUGCUCUGUGAUGUCACCCUGGUCGCUGGUGAGCAGAAGUUCCACGCUCACAAAGCUGUCCUGGCAGCGUGCAGCGAUUACUUUCGGGCUAUGUUCAGCUUGUGCAUGGUGGAGAGCGAGGCAGACGAAGUGACUCUGCAAGGAGUGACCAGCGUUGGCCUGAAGCACGCUUUGGACUUUGCCUACACUGGACAGAUUUUGCUGGAGCCGGCGGUGAUCCAGGACGUCCUGUCUGCAGGCAGUCACCUUCAGCUGCUGGAGCUCCUCAGCCUCUGCUCCCACUACCUCAUCCAGGAACUGAGCAGCGUGAACUACCUGGAGCUGUACCGUGUGGCCGACCUGUUCCACCUCCCUGCCUUAGAGGAGGCUGUGGUGGGUUUCCUGGUGGAGCACCUGUCGGAGCUGAGCCAGAGCCGGCAGGAAGAGGCCCUGCAGCUGCCUUACAGCCUCCUCAGGGAGGUGCUGAAGAGCGACCGCCUCACCUCCCUCAGCGAGGAGGAGAUAUGGAAGUUUGUUGUUCUGUGGUUGGAACAUGACUGUCGCUACCAGUACACAGAAGAUCUUCUACAACACGUCCGCUAUGGCCUGAUGGACGUCCCCACCCUGCACCACCUCGCCCGCAGCCACCCCCUGGUCCAGUCCAGCCCCACUGCUGCCGCCCUGGUGGACGAGGCCCUGGACUACCACCACGCCACCUUCGCCCAGCCCCUCCGCCAGUCUGCCCGCACCAGGCCUCGCUUCCAGUCCCUCACCCUCUACAUAGCCGGCGGGCGGAAGCGGGAGGUGAGCAGAGUCAGGGAGCUGCGCUACUUUAACCCAGCUGCACAGGAGCAUGUACGUGUGGCAGGUGGGUCGAACUGGAGCGAGCUGGCGCCCAUGCCCACCGGGCGCAGCCACCACUGCGUGGCAGUAAUGGGGAACUUUCUAUUUGUUGUGGGCGGGGAGGUGGAGCACGCCACCGGGAGGACGUGUGCUGUAAGGACUGCUUGUCGAUAUGACCCCAGGGGUAACCGCUGGGCUGAGAUUGCCCCCAUGAAGGCCUGCAGAGAACACUUUGUGCUGGGAGCUCUGGGUCAGUAUCUGUACGCAGUGGGGGGCAGGAACGAGCUGAGGCAGGUGCUGCCCUCAGUGGAGCGAUACUGUCCCAAGAGGAAUAAAUGGAUGUUUGUCCAACCCUUCGACCGUUCACUGUCCUGCCACGCCGGCUGUGUGGCGGAGAACCUGCUCUGGGUCUCAGGUGGUGUGACAAACACAGCUCAGUACCAGAAUCGGCUGAUGGUGUACGACCCAGAACAGGACCAGUGGUUGGCCCGCAGCCCCAUGUUGCAGAGGCGAGUUUACCACGUCAUGGCGGCGGUGAGGAGGCAGCUCUACGUGCUUGGGGGGAACGACCUGGACUACAACAACGACCGCAUCCUGGUGCGCCACAUCGACUCCUACAACAUGGACCUGGACCAGUGGACACGAUGCUCCUUCAGCCUCCUCACGGGUCAAAAUGAGUCCGGAGUGGCGGUGCACGAUGACAGGAUCUAUGUGGUUGGAGGAUACUCCAUUUGGACCAACGAGCCUCUGGCGUGCAUUCAGGUGCUGGAUCUGAGCACCGAAGGGAAGGAGGAGGUUUUCUACGGUCCGACACUGCCGUUCGCCUCCAACGGGAUAGCAACUUGUUUCCUCCCUGCUCCCUACUUCACCUGCCCAAACCUACAGACACUCCAAGUACCUCACCACAGGAUAGGUGCCGUUUAAAAAAAAAAAAAAAAAAAAAUCACACAUG